CUGGAGUUUAAACAUAAGAAAUCAACAAUUCACGCUGCACUGCAACUCCUCGAUAGACCGCAAUGCCCAUCAUUCUCAUCACCGGAGGAAACCGAGGCAUCGGGUUCGGCAUCGCCCAGGCGAUUGCAGGCCGUAUACCUUCUUCGACUAUAAUCUUGGGCUGUCGAAGACUCGUGGCUGGCCAUGAGGCCAUUGAGCAACUGCGAGGCCAGGGCGUCUCAUCUCCACUAGAUGCGGUCCAGCUUGAUAUUGAAGAUAUCCAGAGCAUAACGGCGGCGGUCGAGACUCUGGGUAGAAAGUAUGGGAAGCUAGAUGUGCUCAUCAACAACGCUGCGAGCCUUCAGCUGCCUAUAACCCAGAAUCUCGUUGAGCUCAAGGACUGCUCCAACGCCAAUUUCAACAACUGUGUUACAUCCAAUAUUCUCGUGACCAAAGCAUUUAUCCCGCUUCUUCGGAAGAGUUCCUGGCCGCGAGUCAUCAUGAACUCUAGCGCUAGAGGGAGUCUUGGUCGUACAGCAAACAGAGAGCUUCCGCCUGUCGCUCUAAUUGAUUACUGUGUUUCGAAAGCCGCACUGAACAUGUUGACACUCCAUUAUCAAAUUUUUGAAGAUAAUUACGAGGACGAAGGGGAGAAGAUUACAUUCUGGAGCGUCAGUCCAGGCCAUACAAAGACGGCGUUUAAUAACUACAGAGGAAAAAAAGAUCCAGUCGAUAGUGGUGAGGCGUUUGUGAGAUUGCUGGAAUCCGAGAAGGGCGCAAUUACGCCGGGAACCUUUUGGGAAUUUGAAGACGAAAAGUUUCAAGAGGUUCCCUGGUGAGGCUCAACUUGAUGGUGCCUGG